CUGUAUUUGUUGUAAAUAGAUUUUUCUAUAAUAAAAUUGUUUUAUUACACAUUAUUAUAAGAACAUGGCGGAAGAUUACUCUGGAUUACCUUUCGUUAAAUUGUUAGUAGCGAUAACGCCAGAAAAUGGAAUUGGAAUCAGUAAUGGACUACCAUGGCCACACAUCAAAAGGGACUUUCUUUUUAUGUUCAGGGCAACGACUUAUGUUGAUCCAGAAUUCAAAGAAAAGCACCCAGGAGCUCAAAAUGUAAUAAUCAUUGGUAGAAAGACAUACGAUAGCCUUCCAGAAGGAACUUUUCCACUGAAGAACAGAAUCAACGUUGUUAUAUCAAGAAAUCUUACUGAGGUUCCAGGUGGAUUAGUAUUUCCUUCAAUGCCAGCUGCGAUUCGUCACGUUACUGAACAUCUCAACUACUAUAAGAUCUUCAUAAUGGGAGGAAGCUACGUCUAUAGGGAUGCUCUUGAUGCAAGAAUUGUUGAUAAAAUGUACGUUACAAGGGUAAACAAGAAUUACAAGUGUGAAGUGUUCUUCCCAAAGAUCCCUGAUGACUUCGUUAUAACUGGAAUUAGUAAAACGUUCUCAAGUGAAGACACAACAUAUGACUUUGUGACGUACGAAAGAAAAGAUUUAAUUGUUGAUGAUCGCGUUAAAAAAACAUUUGAAGAGAUGUUGUUGACUGGAGAGAAAUUUGCAACUAAGGAUCAAUUGGUGAAAGCUUGCCCAUCACUGAAGGUUAGAUACAGCCAGGAACUUCAGUAUCUUGAAAUUCUAGCUGACAUCUUAAACACUGGAUAUCACAAAAAGAAUAGAACAGGCGUGGAUUGUAUUGCAAAAUUCGGUUACCAAAUGAGGUUUGACCUUUCAGAAUCAUUUCCGUUAUUAACAACAAAGAAAGUCUUCUUAAGAGGAAUCAUUGAGGAGCUUAUUUGGUUUAUUAAAGGUAGCACAAACGGCAAUGAAUUGCUGAAAAAGAAUGUAAGAAUCUGGGAGCUGAAUGGAGCAAGAAGUUUUCUGGAUAACCUGGGAUUUUUUGAUCGCGAAGAACAUGACCUAGGACCUGUUUACGGAUUCCAAUGGCGUCAUUUCGGUGCCAAAUACGUAGAUAUGCACACAGACUACAGUAACCAAGGAAUUGACCAGCUAUCACUGGUCAUUGAUAGGAUCAAGAAUAACCCAGAUAACAGAAGAUUGAUUGUGUGUUCGUGGAACGUAGCAGACCUGUCAAAGAUGGCAUUGCCUCCAUGUCAUCUGCUAUUCCAAUUUUUUGUAGCAGAUGGAACAUUGUCGUGUAUGAUGCACCAAAGGUCAUGUGAUAUGGGACUAGGAGUACCAUUUAACAUUGCAUCAUACUCAUUACUGACCUACAUGAUAGCCCAAAUAUGUGGACUAAAACCGGGAGAAUUUGUACACAACCUUGGAGAUGCCCACAUAUACAAUAACCAUAUUGACGCAAUCAAGGAACAGAUUAGUAGAGUUCCUUAUCCAUUCCCAACCCUAAGACUAAACAAAGAUAUAACAAGGAUUGAAGACUUCACAAUCGAUGACAUUAAGGUGGAAAAUUACCGUUCACACCCGGUAAUCAAGAUGGAGAUGGCUGCAUAACAAGUAGUUAAUAUCAUCGUUCAUUA